AUGUUUGUCCAUCAUCAAACAAAGCUCUACAUUCUAAAUCCUUUAACCCGCGAGAGGAUCAAUCUACCUCCUCUGGAAUCCCUCAAAAGCGACGACUCCUCCUCUCAAGUUGAUCUGGAUCGUUUGUUGAAAAAAUCACUAUCUGAUUUGAUGGGCUACACGGAAAAAGCAGUGUUAUGGGUAGACGAGAGAAGCAAAGAUUACUUUGUGUUUUGGUCGCGUAUGCCUUGUCCUAUCUUCUCCAAGAAAGGAGACGACGACUUUUGGAAUAUGUUUCCUUAUCUCAGUACUGGGGUAAUCGACCUUGUAUACAAAGGCCACUUGCUCUACAUCUAUACUCUGAUGUGCUUCAUUGAGAUCUACGAUUUCUCUGGAGACUCUCCUCUCCCUGUCACUUCUCGUCCAUAUGCCUGCAUUCCUCCUAGUUGCUUGUCCUCCCAUUCCUAUAUAUCUGCCACAAGGAUUGCUGUUACUACAUCCGGAGAGGUUCUUAUGGUCAGAUGCUGCGACAUCAACAGCUUCUACGUCUACAAGAUGAACCAUGCCACCGAAACAUGGGAUCAUAUGGCUUCUUUGGGAGACCAGGCUUUGAUCUUCGACCUUGGAAUCACUGUCCCCGCCAAAGAUAUUCAAGGGAUCAAGCCUGACUCUAUCUAUUUUAGUGGUCCUAGUUUUGGCACCCAUCACAUAUUUAUUUUCAAUCUCGCUACGCGCAAGGUGGAGCCAUUUUUGUCUUACACUAGCAAGUUCUUUGAUGCUCGAUGGUUCAUCCCAAAUGUCUGA